CUUCCAGAGCUAAAAACCACAGCCAGCUGCUGGCAAGCAAGCCGCCAAAGAAAGAAGACGCAGCCCAGGCGGGAGGAGCCCGAGGAGAAAACAACAGCGAGGCAGGCGAAGCUUCCGAGGGAGCUGUAGGCAGCCAGCCAGUUGGCGCGCGCGCAAGCGCAACCAAGUCGAGGAGCAGGGGACAAGGGGGAAGAAGCGCGCGGGAGGUUCCGAUCGAUCGGCCGGCGAUGUCGGGGCGGCGGCCGGCGACGUGGGAGCAGGCCGGGGACGAGUACGACUACCUGUUCAAGGUGGUGCUGAUCGGGGACUCGGGCGUGGGCAAGUCCAACCUCCUCUGCCGCUUCACCCGCAACACCUUCUCCCUCGACUCCAAGUCCACCAUCGGCGUCGAGUUCGCCACCCGCACCAUCCAGGUGGAAGGCAAGACGAUCAAAGCGCAGAUCUGGGACACGGCCGGGCAGGAGCGCUACCGGGCGAUCACGAGCGCCUACUACCGCGGCGCGGUGGGCGCGCUCCUGGUCUACGACGUGACCAAGGCCGCGACCUUCGAGAACGUGAAGCGGUGGCUCAAGGAGCUCCGCGACCACGCCGACGCCAACACCGCCGUCAUGCUCAUCGGCAACAAGACCGACCUCGCGCACCUCCGCGCCGUCGCGCGGGAGGGCGCGGCCGCGUUCGCCGAGCGGGAAGGCCUCUCGUUCAUCGAGACCUCGGCGCUGGACGCCACCAACGUCGACACGGCGUUCGAGACGGUGCUCACGGAGAUCCACAGGACCGUCAGCAAGAAGGCGCUGGCGUCCGACGAGGCCGCGUCGAGUGCUAGCUCCGUCGGGGAGGGGCAGUCGAUUCAGGUGUCGGCCGGCGACUCCGGCGGUCUCACGACAAGAUGCUGCGCUUUCUAGCCAUGAUGGCUUGGUAGCGAUCAUCAACAAUUUCUCGUCUGUUUGUAGUUGCUAAAAGAUUUGAUGUUCCACGGAGGAAGUGAAAAGAAAAAAAAACAAUGGAUUGGAGUCAUAAGGAAUGAAUCUCGUUGUGUGCA